CCUUACAGCAGGUAGUUCAACAUUCACUUCUGGUGAUACUGUAAUAUGGGACAACAAGGGAUAACGGCAGCUUUAGACAUGGUGUCCUGUGUUCUCCUGUGUUUGAUGGUUCCUCUGCUGACGAUUGAACAUGCAUCAUGUGCAACUACAACUAACUCAACUUCACAACCUCAACUUGUAGCCGUGCAGACGGUCCACGAGGGCAGUCAUGGCCCCCGUUUCCAGCCUCUCAGAACAGACUUCGACAGCUUGGAGAGGCUGAGGAACAGAACACGAUACGUUGCCAGGAGCUGUAAAGAAACAAGGGACAGAUACAACCAACACGAAGAUGGUCUGUACUACCUGACUACGGCCAGUGGGGUGGUGUACCAGACCUUCUGUGACAUGACCACAGCGGGCGGCGGCUGGACCCUGGUGGCGAGCGUGCACGAGAACAACAUGUAUGGCAAGUGCACGGUGGGGGACCGCUGGUCUAGUGAGCAGGGCAACAACCCCAACCGGCCAGACGGAGAGGGGAACUGGGCCAACAGGGCCACCUUUGGAACAGCAGAGGGCGCCACCUCUGACGACUUCAAGAACCCUGGGUAUUAUGACAUCGUGGCGGAGGACAUGUCUGUGUGGCACGUUCCCAACAACUCUCCUAUGGAACACUGGAACCUGGCGUCCAUCCUGCGUUACCACACAGAGAGACGCUUCCUCACCCUGCAUGGAGGCAACCUACACCAACUCUUCAAGACCCACCCAGUGAGAUACAACGUGGGGUCUUGCAGCAACAGAGGACCAUCCAUUCCUGUUGUCUAUGACCAUGGAGACACAGAGACCACCAGACAGCUGUAUGGGCCCAGCUCAAGAGAUGAGUUUCAACCCGGCUUCAUCACGUUCAGAGCCAUAAAUACCGAACGAGCAGCCAUGGCCAUCUGCUCUGGGGUCAAACCAACUGGCUGCAACACUGAACAUUACUGUAUAGGUGGUGGUGGACACUUCCCUGAGGGUGCUCCCUACCAGUGUGGUGACUUCACUGGCUUUGACUGGGAUGACUACGGGACCAACACAGGCUGUAGUGCGUCCAGGGAGGUCACCGAAGCUGCUGUGCUGCUCUUCUACCGUUAAAUUCCAUCCUAAACCUGUUUACUAUGUUCUACACACUGUAAAGAAUACAACUUUAUUGUCCAAAAUAAACUAACCAUUCUAUGGUAUUGA